AUGGCAGAGGCUCAGGGAGCGGCUGAGCCAUCUUUGGACCCAACCGCUACCAGCUUGCGUGCACGCGCUCAAUAUCCAGGGACAUACCCGGGAUAUCCUAUCAUGGAACAGCCGCUCUCAAUUAACAAUACCCGCCUUCCCGUCGAGCUGCUGGGAGACAUCUUUCAUCGGCUGGUUGAAGACGACGACAAUGAGGUUGCAGACUCUAAACUCGACAAUAUUCUUCUCAUUUGUGGUCAGAGCUCUAUAUUUGCCUCGAUCGCAGAUUGGGACAAGACGAACAUUAUUGGCUUAGAUAUACAAAAACGAGGCUCAAGCGGGCGGGACCUACACAGCUCCUCGGCAUACACUUUACUUUCAAUUAUCCCAAUCGCUGAUAUACACCUCACGGGUCCUCAAGGUGUCACUGCGGCACGAUGGCGGAGUUUCGAAUACCAUGCACCCUCUGACGGGGAAGCAGCAUCGCAUUACGACUCUUCAACUUCCCGACUCCUCACCUUCGGGACCUCCAUUCCACCCUGCCUUCCCUUCAUCAAAACAGUCAAGAUCCUCGAUUUGCUUGUGGGAAAUCGAGGACGGCGUCCUGUGUUUCUCUAUCUCUGUGACGCAUCCAGCGUGACGGAGUUCAAGUUGACUUGCUGGCCAGACUUUAUUGUUGCCCCGCACUGCGUCCUUCAAUCUCUGGUCGAAUUCAAAUUUACAGGUCGCCUCGCAAUCCAAAGCCUCGAACGAUUUGCAGCGCCAAAUCUUCGACGCUUGACACUCCUCGUCGACUCCGGUAGUUCCUAUCCUGCCUUUGCCCAAUGUACGGGCGUCAACUUUGAACGGCUAGAGUACUUCCAUUUCGGGUGGCCGCAUCGGAUCGAGGAUGCGAGCAUCCGAGAAUACCUCGAUGCUGCGCAAAUCCUGCUCAAAAAGCUUUCCCAGCUGCAGACACUGAGCUUUGAGAGAAAUUCCAUAGCGGAACUUGCUCUGAAAUUGCUCGUAGACGAGGACGCGGAUCUAUUCCCUGCGCCACCACGGGAGGGACAUCUGAGCCUCAUGCUCGACGGCGCGUCUUGCCCGAUUGGAUACGGUUCAUCAAGGAGACAAAGUAUCGACGAGUUUAGGCAGAUGGCUGACCUUGACGUGGAGAAAAGCUGGGGAUUUUGUACCGAAAAUGCAAAAGUUCGCUAG